AUGAGGACGCAGGUGGAGAACACGCUCUUCCGCGUGCACCGCUACUUCCUCGAGCGCGACUCGGCGUACUUCAAGGAGUUCUUCCAGAACACCGUCGUGGGCUACGCGGGCAAGUCGGACCAGACUGCGAUCACGUUCGCGGACGUCUCCUGCCGCGAGUUUGAAUGUCUCCUCCAGUUCCUCUACCACGGCGCCUCCGCAAACCCGUACGAGUCCGUGCUCGACCAGGUGCUCCUGCUCUCGACGGCAUCCACGCUCGGCUUCGCCGCGGCGCGCGCACACGCGAUCGCUGCGCUCGACGCAUCCUCGCCGCGGCUCGACGCCGUCGAGCGUGUCUUCCUGGCCGAGAAGUACUCGAUCCCGACUUGGCUCCGGCCGGCGUACGUCGAGCUGUGUGCGCGCAGCACGCCGCUCGAGGACACGGAGGCGGAGGUGCUCGGGCUGCAGACGACGGCGCGGCUGGCGCGGGCGCGCGAGGCGGUGCUCGAGGAGAAGGUGGAGGAGUGGCGGCGGGCGGUGGAGCGGAUGGGAAAGGGCGAGGCGGUCAACCCUGCGGACAUGCAGACGCACGAGGCGCGCCUCGUCGAGCGCGUCGUGGACCGCGUAUUCCCCAUGGCCCGGUGCUAG